UUCACUCCUCUCCGUUGCGAAGGUUUGACUCGAUUCAGACGGAGGCCAUAUUGGGAUCUCUCUCGGAAGAUUUCAAAAUAAUAGAAAGAACAAUUAUUUAAAACCUCGAGAUGAGUAUGUUGCUCAAAAAGACGACGACGACUACUUUAGCCAUGGCGAGGCGCAUGGCAGGGACUGCAGCCGCCCACAGUCACGAUGGAGGGAUGAAGCUAUGGAAGAAUUUUUCUCUGUUUCUGGCUCUCCCGUGCGUCGCCAUUGUGAGCGUCUACAACUUUAUGCACAUGGCGCAAGAAGCAGAACACGGUCACGAGCGUCCAGAAUUCGUACCUUAUGAUCAUUUGCGAAUUCGCAACAAGCGAUUUCCGUGGGGUGAAGGUCAAAAGUCGCUAUUUCAUAACCCCCACGUUAACCCACUUCCAACUGGUUAUGAAGAUGAUCAUCAUUAAAACAAAUACAUGGAGGUCUCUUCUGCUGCCAUCGAUCCAAGUCGCCGUUUGAUUUAGCAAAGCUUCUCCUUACUUAGUGUGUGCUAUUUAGUCAAUUAAAAAUUUUAAAAUAAGCCAUGGAUAACCGAACAAGACGAGUAUCGAAUAUUAUCAUCAUGCAAGAACAUUCAUUUUAGUUCAAUUAAUCAGUAUGUAGAAAGGGAACAAUGUUUGACAUAACAGAAACAAUCUCUCACGAGUAUAGCAUUAAAGAAUAUGUGAAGUAUCUUUAAUGUCUAUGUUCAGGAUAUGCAUUCCCUCCCACAGGGGGCUAUACUCCAGCAAUGAUCCCUUUCCCAGAAAUAUUCUUGUUUGCAUAGAUAGUGAAUAUAUAUAUGUAUAUCGUAGAUGUAUAAUCCAAGGCAUAAUAAAUAAACUGAGAAUGAUGAAUAAAUUUGUAGAUCAAUGUA